AUGGGUUCCGCUACAAUCCUGCUCUCCGUCCUUGCUGUGGCGCUAUUUGUUUCUUACACAGAAGCGGCUGGUAGCUGCCCUCUUCCAUCGAAGGUGUAUGGCUGCAGCCCUAAAUGCCUUCAGGAUUACGAUUGUAAGAACGGCAAAGUGUGCUGUUCCAACUCCUGCAAUGCUAAAUCAUGCUCGGAGCCUGCUGCUUAUGGUGGAGGCACUGGAUCCAGUGGAAGCAAAUAUCAAACUGGCACUGGAGUAUACUGCGACAACGUCAAGUGCAACGCCUACGAGGUCUGCAAGCAGGAUCCGUCCACCAAACGCAUGAAGUGUAGCAGACCUUGA